AUGCGGAAGAUGCGUGCAACAAGAGAUCACUGCGAUAUAUCAAGCCAGAAUCCUUGUUCGCGAUGCGCAGUUCACGGUACAAAGUGUGAGCUACAAACAGAUAGGCUUCAGAGCACGCUGGAUGAAGCCGGUAACUGGGGCAUGCCCGCUCCGAGCGAGGCUCCUGGUAGCCAAGGAGGCAGUGUGGAUGGGACCGGAGGAGGCGUGGAUGAACAAGCUUCUGGCUCCGGACCUGUUGGGGCUAUGAACCAAUCUGAACCAGAUCCUGGACACGAGCUACGAGGGCAUAGGCAUCGCGAUCCUGGGAUCGGGUUUAGUGGCUGGGAAACUUACGGCUCUAGAAACAGGCCUAUAGAACCUGCGGAUCCCCAAGUAUUGAGAUACGAAAGACGAAACGAUCCAACCAGGACCGGAGCAGCCGCACCCCAAGUCCAUGAGGUGAUAUACAACUACCAAGCUUUGACAGCAUGUUCGGACGUUAUGUCCCUUCUAAUCCUGCAUACGGACCUCGAGGAGCACCAAGUCAGCAAGGGUUUGCAAGCGGGUCAGAGAGACCCGAAAACCAAGGCUCUGGAAAUCAGUUCAUGGGAGUUGCAAGUCAACCAGAGCGUAUAG